AUGGCAGAACCUUCACCAUUACCAUUCAUCUACCAGUUUGCUUCUGGGGCCAUUGCUGGGGUCUCUGAGAUCCUUGUUAUGUAUCCAUUGGAUGUUGUCAAAACUAGACAACAAUUGGACUCCACAAAUGCCACCAAAGGUACGCUCAAUUGUCUUAGAACUAUUGUCAGGGAAGAAGGUUUUUCACGUUUAUACAAAGGUAUUACUGCCCCCAUCUUGAUGGAGGCUCCAAAGAGAGCCACCAAGUUUGCUGCCAAUGAUGAAUGGGGAAAAUUCUACAAGAAUUUCUUUGGCGUUGCUUCCAUGACUCAACCGUUGGCUAUUCUUACAGGUGCUACUGCCGGUGCUACAGAGUCCUUUGUUGUUGUUCCAUUUGAAUUGGUCAAGAUUAGAUUGCAGGACAAGACUACCAAAUUCAAUGGUAUGGGCGAAGUUAUCAAAGAUAUCAUCCAAAAGAAUGGAGUUUUAGGUUUAUACAAAGGUCUUGAGCUGACAAUGUGGAGACACAUUUGGUGGAACGCCGGUUACUUUGGAUGUAUCCAUCAAGUCAAAUCAUUGAUGCCUAAACCAAAAGAUAACAAACAAAAGAUCUUGUUUGACUUGACCUCGGGUACAAUUGGGGGAACGUUUGGUACCGUGUUGAACACUCCUUUCGAUGUUGUCAAGUCCAGAAUUCAAGCUGGGUCUGCAAGAUACAAAUGGACCUAUCCUUCUUUAGCUAUUGUCUACAAAGAAGAAGGAUUUGGUGCAUUGUACAAAGGUUUUAUUCCAAAAGUUUUGAGAUUAGGUCCAGGUGGUGGUAUUUUGUUAGUUGUGUUCACUGCAUGUAUGGACUUUUUCAGAAAAUUGAAUGACAAGAAGUAG